AUGCAAGCUCCUCCGACGAAUAUCGACUGGGACGCCCUCGAUUCCCAGUUCCAAGACAACACAGUGGUGCAAAUCAUGGACAAAGCCCUCGAGCUCUUCGGCGACGGCCUCGCCAUCGCCUUCUCCGGCGCCGAGGACGUCGCGCUGAUCCAGUACGCCAAGCUCACCGGCCGCCCCUUUCGCGUCUUCUCCCUCGACACCGGUCGGUUGAACCCCGAGACGUACCAGCUCUUCGACGACGUCGAGAAGCACUUCGACAUCAAGAUCGAGUUCACCUUCCCCGACGAGGACGCGGUGACCAAGCUGGUGAACGAGAAGGGCAUGUUCUCCUUCUACGAGGACGGACACAAGGAGUGCUGCGGCGUUCGCAAGGUCCAGCCGCUGCGAAAGAAGCUGAAGACGCUCAACGCGUGGGUCACCGGCCAGCGUAAAGACCAGAGCCCGGGGACGCGCAUGGCGGUCCCGGCGGUGCAGGUGGACCCGGUGUUCGAGGGCGCCGCGGGGGGCGCCGGGUCGCUCGUGAAGUUUAACCCCCUCACCAACGCCACGUCUCAGGAGGUUUGGGACUUUCUCAGGGUCAUGGGCACCCCGGUGAACAAGCUCCACGAGAUGGGGUACGUCUCCAUCGGGUGCGCGCCGUGCACCAGGGCGGUGCUUCCCGGCCAGCAGGAGCGCGAGGGCCGAUGGUGGUGGGAGGACUCCGCGAUGAAAGAGUGCGGGCUGCACUCGGGGAACCUCACCGCGGAGCAACAGGCGAAGCAGGACGCGCGGGAAGCCACGGAGGAGGACAUCUUCAACGAGGUCACCGCGGUGGACCACGCGGCGAUCGACGCGCUCAGGGUCGAGCCGACGCACUCCAAGACGACGCUCGCGGUGCUGUACGCGCCGUGGUGCCCGUUUUGCCAGGCGAUGGUGGCCGGGUACGAGGAAGCCGCGGCUUCGUUCGCCGCCAAGGGCGUGGACGUGGUCAAGUUCCGCGCGGACGGCGACGAGAAGGAGUGGAGCAAGGAGAACCUGGAGCUCAAGUCGUUCCCGACGGUGUUACUGUUCCCGGAGGGGCGGGGCGGGUUCGUGAAGCUGGGGUCGGAGCGGAGGGAUCCGGAUUCGCUGAACAUCUUCGUCGAGUCCAUCGUCGGCAAGCUGUGA